AUGGGGUUUAAGAAUGGGUUGAGACCCUUUAUUGGCUUGGAUGGAACUUUCUUGAAAGGAAAGGCCAAAAGACAACUUUUAAUUGUUGUUGCUCUAGAUUCAAUGAAUCAUCUUUAUCCUAUUGCUCGGGCUGUUGUGGAUAAAGAAACAAAGGUCACCUGGACCUGGUUCUUGACAUUAUUGAACAAUUUAUUAGACCUCAAGCUGGGGGGAGGAUACACAUUUAUGUCAGACAUGCAGAAGGCAGUAGUUCCUGAUGCACACCAUAGAUAUUAUGUGAGGCACAUAGAGACUAAUUGGUGUAGAAGAUGUGGUGCUGGAGAUUUGAGAAAAAAGUACCUAUGGUGGUGUGCAUGGAGUAGUUAUGAAGAAGACUUCAAGGAUCAAUUGAAAAACUUGGGGGAAAUUGAUAAAGAAGCUGUUGAAGACUUGUUGAGGUUUCCUCCACAAUCAUGGUGUAGAGCAUACUUUGACACAGUAUGCAAGAACCAACAAGUGGACAAUAACGAAUCCUUACACUCAUGGAUACUGGAUGUUAUGCACAAGCCAAUUAUUAGAAUUCUUGAGGACAUAAGAGUUAAGGUGAUGAAUAUGUUGAGAGAGCAUGAAGGUGAUGUGAUGACAUGGACUGAAAAUGUAAGUCCUCAUACCAUGCAGUUAUAUUAUCAAUUCUUGAAUAGUGCACAAAAAGGUAUUGUUGAUUCUAAUAGACAAGAUGGUUAUGAGGUGAAUGAAGGAACUUUUGAAAAGCAUAGAGUGCAUAUCUUACUGAAAAAAUGCACUUGCAGAACAUGA